GUAAACAAAAGCAUUGUCAUGAAUGUGGUAAGAAUGAAAUUGAAAAUUCUAAGCAUAAAUGCCCUCAAUAUAAUGCAAAACUUCUUACACUUGCCAAAACACAACAAGAAACUGAACAAAUAACUCCUGAGAAAGAAGAUUCUACUAAAUCUUUUACUUUUAGAUCUUACAAGUUUGAAACAGAUAUCUCCGACAAGCAUACAAAUUCAAUUACAUUAUUUGCUUUAAUCGGACAUUCAGAUUCUGAAAGCAUAGGUCUACGAAUGCGUCCAGAUUAUGUAAUCAAAUCACAACGUUUUCAAGUUCAACUAAGAAAAACCGGUUUCUUAAAUUUACAUGAAAAUAAUCGUCAUUUUGAGAGUUUAGGCAAAGAUAAUAAAUUGAGUGAAGAAAUGAAACUAUUUAGCAUUAAGGCUCGAGCUCGACACAUUAAUUAUAUAAAAGAAAAGCUAACCUUAACAAAACCAUCAAGCUUUAUUCAUCCUAUUUUCGUUACUUUCGAUGAAGCAUAG